CGUGUAACACAGGAAGUAAACGUGGAUUGUUUACUGUUGGAGAGCUGUGGUUACACCGGCUUGUAUAAUUCACGGUUCUGAGAAGUUGGUAUUCAGAUUAAGGAAAGUACAAAUGACAUGUCGCCUUUAAACUACAAGUACACCGUCCCGAGGUGACCGACCGCUUACAGAUGAAACUCUUACUGUUUGGAAGCUGGGUUUUCUGUUAUUUUGCAUCUCUCUUAGUUAUACGGAUGUGGACUGAAGCAUACCUGAGGAGUCCACUCACUCGGUCACUGCUGGUGAAUAUGGUCAGCGAAUCAGGAACACGGCAAGAAGCGCACGAGUGGUAUGGGUGUCACACAGAGACCCUGGGUGAGUCUGUACGGCCAGCCUUCAUCCAGAGUUACUUGGACAUGGAAACACAGGCCUUCUUGAACAGGAGUGCAGAGAAGUCCGGCUGCCUUUUCACUCAGCUCUAUCACUCUUUUGUUUCAACCCUGUUCAGCCCCUUUGUGUCCAGAACCUCUAUAAACGGGUACCUGGGAAGAGGUUCUAUGUUUGUGUUCUCCCCAGAGCAGUUCCGCCAGCUGAUGAAUAUCUCCCAAGACUGGAAGAGCAAGAGGCUUCUGGACCUGGGAGCCGGAGAUGGGGAGGUUACCAAGGUCAUGAGCCCACACUUUGAAGAGAUCUACACCACUGAGGUGUCAGCCACCAUGAAGUGGCAGCUUGAAAAGAAACAGUACAGGGUGCUUGGUAUAGAUGAGUGGCAGGACACAGGCUUUCAGUAUGAUUUGAUCAGCUGUCUCAACCUGCUGGACCGCUGCGAUCAGCCAGUGAAACUGUUGAAAGACAUCCGCAGAUCCCUGGAGCCCUCCAAAGGCAGGCUGGUCCUGGCUGCAGUGCUGCCCUUCCACCCUUACGUGGAAAUCGGUGGGAAGUGGGAGCAGCCCUCGGAGUUCCUGGUGGUUCAGGGGAAGACGUGGGAAGAGCAGGUGACCAGUAUGGCCAAUGGCGUGUUUAAGGAGGCAGGCUUUGCUGUGGAGGCCUUCACCAGAUUGCCGUACCUGUGUGAGGGGGACAUGUACAGCGAUUACUACCGCCUGGACGACGCUGUCUUUGUGCUCCGGCCCGAGGAGUAAAACCGACCCCUCUUAAUUCCAGGCCACCAGGCCUCCGAAGGAUAGCACAAGCAUCCCUAGAGUUUCCGUCUAAAGCAUCCGAGUGACUCCCCAGCUAGGAUUGACUGGAUUGGUCCUCCUGCUUCAGUUACAUAUGCUGGCUUGGAGUUUAUUCACUACCUUACGUACUUAUCAGUCUGCCCUUUUCCUUCCAAACAAAGUUACUGUGUUUGGUUUUCCAUCCCUUUGGGGGACCUACCUGCUUGUCCAUGAUGGGUUAUAUUUUAAAAAGCAACAAGGCAAUACAGAAACAUCUUAAUGUAAAGUCCUACUUGCAGUAGUCAGACCAGCAAGUUCUACCUCUGUGACCAUUUUUAAAGUGUUCCAUUGCUAGAGAAGAUGGUAGAUCUCCCUCUGAUGGCAAGCCAAAGACAGGUUUACCGGUAGUUUUGACUCGAGUUUUUUUUUAACCUUUUCCCAUGGACAGUCUGAUUUGUGGUACGUUAUGAUACAGUUAAAAAAAAAAAAAAAAAAAAAAAGCAAAUGGUAACAGUCAAUCCAGAGAGUCUUGUUGAUGUCUUGUAAUACAUUUUGUAAUUGUAUGUAGUUCUUGGGAUAAGGUGCUGAAUAGAAAUGUGCAUUUGAUACUUGCAGACAUUAAACUAUUUGCUCUUCAUUUGCAUUGUUCAGGUAAGUUUCAGUGGGGUACAAUAUAGAGUGUAAUUUGUGGAGAAUAAAAAAAAUAUAUCAGUGUGUGUGUGUGUUUGCAAAGUCUAUAUGAAUUAAUUAUGUUACUAUGACAUUCCAGCAGAAAGAAACAUCCAGAAAUAUAAUGCAAUCAUCGAACUUUAAAAUAUAGAAUGUAUUAUACUUUAAACUCCAGAGUAAGGGAGCGGGGUGUGGGAUGAUCAUAAACACAGUGUAAAAGGUUACGGGGGCAUUUUGGAAAAUCCAAGUUUAGCUCAUCAGGGUUUUAAUGGAUAUUUCUUCUGAAUACAUGCAAAUCAUUAGAUUGUACUUGACCUGUUAGUACAGUGAUAACCACUUAAUGGAAUCACUGUGUAAUUGCAUCAUUCACAUAAUGUAAUAAAAAAUGUAAUUAUUUUUGCUGUUGAUCCAAUUCUAUUGAAACACCUGCUUUAUAUGAUCAAAUCAAGGUGUACAGUCAUUCUUGCAUUAUGAGGUUUUCACUGAAAUGUGUAUUAUAGCCAUAUCAACAUGUGUUAUCAAUUCAAAAUUGUGCCAUCCACAUACUGUACUGUAACUCAUAUAUGUUCCAUUAUUAUUUGCAGAAGUUUAAGCGCAGUUUUGUCUUUUUAAUUCUUUAAACAUUCUUUAUCUACAAUUAGUGUCAA